GCCUGAACUAAAAGACACCAUGGACUCCAUGAACAAAAUUUAUGGUCUCUCAUUUGCCUUCCGCCUUGUUCUUAUGCUGUAUGGAGCAUGGCAAGAUGCAAAUAUGGCUGUACAGUUUACUGAUGUUGACUACCAUGUGUUUACAGAUGCUGCCAAGUUUGUUUCUCAAGGUGAAUCUCCAUAUAAAAGAGCAACUUACAGAUACACACCAUUGCUUUCAUGGGCUCUAACUCUAAAUGUAUGGAUAUCACCAUUUUUUGGCAAAUUCUUAUUCAUCAUUUUUGAUAUUCUAGUUGGAAAAUCAAUAUACAACCUUGUCCGACAUAAUGGAUUUGAUCAUUGGACAGCAAGAAACUGCGCUCUGGUAUGGCUGGUCAACCCACUUUCUGCGACCGUAUCAAGCAGAGGAAAUGCUGAAUCUAUAAUGGCAUUUCUGGUUCUCACUUCAUUGACGUUACUUGUGCAAGGCAAGCUAUUCUCAGCUGCUGUGAUGUACGCGGUAGCCGUACAUUUUAAAAUCUACCCUGUGACAUAUGCCCUGCCUAUUUACCUGUACUUGGGCAGUGAGGAUGUGAAGGGUGCAGACAGGUGGAGCUCAUGGUUGGGAAGUCUUUUACCAAACAAAGAUAGGCUACUCUUUAUCUUCACUUCAGUUGCUGUUCUUGUUUCCUUAUCCUGUUUCUUUUAUUGGAUGUAUGGAUGGGUGUUCUUGUAUGAAACCUACCUUUACCACAUUGUUCGUGGUGACAUCAGGCACAACUUCUCCCCUUACUUUUACCUCCUGUACCUGACCUCUGACCCUGUGAAUGGUGUCCCAUUGUGUUUACGCCUGCUUGUCUUCAUUCCCCAACUGGUGCUGGUGGUGGCAGUUGCCCUGCGGUGCCAUCAUGACCAGCCCUUGGCCUGGUUCCUCUGUACAUUUAUCUUUGUCAUGGCCAACAAGGUCUGCACCUCCCAGUAUUUCCUGUGGUAUCUGAGUCUACUGCCAAUAAUUCUACCCCAUCUUAAGAUGACUGUCCUCAAAUCCCUCCAGCUUCUGUUGCUGUGGUUUGGUGCACAAGGUCUUUGGCUUCUCUCAGCUUACUAUCUGGAGUUUAAUGGUAGCAACACCUUCAUUUAUAUCUGGGCAGCUGGCCUGCUUUUCUUUUGUGUUAAUUCUUACAUAACAUAUUGUUUGCUAACGAGCUAUGAGAUGAAGGCAAAGUCAAAAUGAACAUGCUAGAAGGCUUGAUCUAUAAAGGGAGACAACACAUGAUGAUCAUUCCAGUCUUUGUAUCUAAAUGUCAGGGACAACUGCUUUUUGAAUGGCCCAGGGCAAACCCAGUCAGAGCAGAUACAAAUAUUUGUUGAAAGCCCUUUCUAACUGAACUCACUGCAAGCAGCUACUUGUAAGAGUUGUGUGAAGUGUGCUGGCCACACAACCACCAGAUGUUAACAGUUACUGUGUAGUAUCUAAGUUCCAAAAGUUUUUAAACUGCUGAUUAUUUAUUACAUAUUACAAACACUCUGAUAGGCAUGAAAUAAA